AUGGCAAAGGAUAUGGAUUCAGAUGAAAUUGUGGUGUCAUCAAUUCGGGCUGGGAUGAAAAGGGAAUUUGCUAUGAUGAUGAAGGCACAAUCGGAAAUAGGGAUGGUUUCUUCAGGACAAAGGAGAGUGACAAGGUCCCAGAUAAGUGGUGGUUGCAGCAAAGAUGCUGUCGAGAGUGGUGAUAAAACUGGAAAAGAAGGAAGGGGGCCCUCUGCGAAGAGAAGAAAAAAGGAUACAGAAGAAAAUUUGGGAGGAGAAGAGGCCAAGAAAUUAGAAUAUAUUGAGGUUUUGGACAACAAGGGAGUCGAAAAUAGUGAUACGAUCGAUGUAGUAGUUAAUGAAGAAGAGAAGAUGAAAAUAUUGGACAACGAGGAUUGGCCAAAUAGUAAUAUGGUGGAGGUAGUAGUUAAUGAAGAAGAGGAGUUGAGAAAUUUGGAAAAUUGGCCAACUAUCGAAGGAGGGAAGACUGUGGUUGAGGUAACAGUUACUGAACUGAAUGGUAUAGAGCAGCCAAUGUGCAUUGAAUCAUCAUUGCCUCGGGUUGGAAGCCAUGAAAUAAAAUUGGUCUGUGAAGAAGAUAAAACUUUUGAAGAAACCUCAGAAUUAGGACGUGAGAGAAGGUUAUGUGGAUUAUCGGAGAAGCAGGCAAGGAGGUUUACACGGUCAGCUUUAAAGCUGCAGGAGACUGUGGAGUUGGGAUCCGGGCCAGGAGAGUUGAAGACGGAAGCUGAUGAGACUGACGGUGCAAUGACUAUGACAAGUAGUCCAUCGAAGUUAGAAAUGAAAAUGUCAAAGAAAGUUGAAUUGAAGAGGGUUCCAAGAAAGCUAAAGGAUCUACUGGACACCGGGUUGCUUGAGGGUCUAGCUGUUCGUUACAUUCAUCGUUCAAAGAGAGGGCUGGAAUCUGGACUUCGGGGAUCUAUUCGGGGCUCUGGAAUAUUAUGCUCUUGUGAUGAGUGCAAGGGAACAAAAGUUGUCACCCCAAAUCAAUUUGAAUUGCACGCAGGAAGUGCAAACAAACGCCCACCAGAAUACAUCUAUUUGGAGAACGGGAAUACUCUAUGUGACGUGCUAAAUGCAUGCAAGAAUGCUCCCCUGGAUGCGUUGGAAUUGGCAAUUCAGAAUGUCAUUGGUCAGUCUGAGUCAAAGGUGACAACGUUUUGUCUCAAUUGCAAAGGGUCAGUACCUGUGUCUGGCAUUGGCAGAUCAAUAUGUGAUUCCUGUUUUUCAAAAGAGUCACAUCCCAACCUUACAGAGAUCAGUGAUACGGCGAAUAGGUCUCCGUUGACUGCUACAAAACCAUCUCCUCCAAUAUCUUCAACUAGUCAGCUUCGAACAAGGGGUCAGGGGAGUACUAAAAUGCCUAUGAGUAGUUAUUCUCAAAUAAAAGGUCAGGGGAGGCUAACAAAGAAGGAUCAGAGAAUGCACAGAUUGGUAUUUGAGGAUGAUGUACUUCCUGAGCGCACAGCAUUGGCUUAUUAUGUUCAGGGAAAGAAAAAGCUUGAGGGUUACAAGGAAGAUUAUGGCAUAUUCUGCUUUUGCUGCAACAAUGUGGUGAGCCCCUCUCAAUUUGAGGCACAUGCUGGUUUUGCUUCUCGCCGAAAGCCUUACCAUAACAUAUUUACAUCCAAUGGGGUGUCUCUGCAUGAGCUAUCCCUCAGCCUGUCAAAAGAACGUAGAGUCUCUGCGGAGGAAAAUGAUGAUCUCUGCUCCAUAUGCUUUGAUUAUGGAGAUCUUAUAUGCUGUGACAAUUGUCCACGAUCUUUUCACAUUGAAUGUGUUUCUCUUCCAAGUAUCCCUCAAGAAAGUUGGUAUUGUAAAUACUGCGAGAACAUGAUCCUGAAGGAACAGUAUGCAGAGCACAAUACUAAUGCCAUUGCUGCUGGGAGAGUUGCCGGAAUCAAUGCUCUCCAACAAAUAACCCAAAGGUGCAUACGUAUUGUUGAAACAACAGAGGUUGAUGCUGGUGGUUGUGCAGUUUGCGGGGGUGAUGAUUUCAUUGCAUCAGAAUUUAAUGACCGUACAGUUAUUAUCUGUGAUCAGUGCGAGAAGGACUAUCAUGUUGGUUGUCUGAGGGAGCAGAAAAUGGAUGACUUAAAGGAAUUACCAAAAGACAAAUGGUUCUGUUGCACAUCGUGCAGAAGUAUCCACUCUGCUCUCCAGGAAUUGGUUAUAGAUGGUGAACAGAUGCUUCCAGAAGCUCUCUUGAACCUUGUGAAGAAGAAACACGAGAAAAAAAGUUCAGAGGUUAAUCCUGAGGUUGAUAUAAGAUGGAGGCUUCUGAGUGGGAAGUUGGCUUCUGAAGAUACCAAUGUGUGGCUUUCUGGGGCAGAAACUAUUUUUCAUGAGCAGUUUGAUCCUAUAGCUGAUUCCAGUACCAAACGUCUUGAUCUUAUUCCAAAGAUGGUUUAUGGGAAGCGAUACAAGGACCAAGAUUUGGGGGGCAUGUAUUGUGCCAUACUGACAGUCAACUCAUUGGUCGUAUCUGCCGGAAUUGUUCGGAUUUUUGGGCAGGAAGUUGCAGAGCUACCUUUAGUUGCCACAUUUAGUGGUUAUCAAGGAAAGGGGUACUUCCAGUCGCUCUUUUUCUGUAUUGAAAAUCUUCUCGCAACUUUGAAUGUGAAAAGCCUGGUGCUUCCUGCUGCUGAUGAAGCCGAAUCUUUGUGGAAGAACAAGUUUGGUUUUGAAAAGAUCAGCGAUGAAGAACUUGAUCGGUACAAAAAGGAGUACCAAAUGAUGAUCUUUCAAGGAACGACCGUGUUGCAUAAAUCGGUCUCCAAGUCUUAA